UUUGGGGGCGGGGGAGGCGUCCCUCCCUGGACCCCGGCGACUUCCUCUCUCGGUUUGUCUGGGUCAUCUUGUCUGCCCGCCGCUGGCCUGGCCCCGUCUGUCUCUCAGCAGCUGUCUUUCUCGCGCCCACUGGCCGGUCUCUCCUCUUCCCCGCAGUUGCCGCCUUCUCUGCCUGCCUGGGUGGCCGCCAUGGGCCGGAAGCGGCUCAUCACUGAUUCCUACCCGGUUGUGAAGAGGAGGGAGGGGCCCGCUGGGCACAGCAAGGGGGAGCUGGCACCCGAGCUAGGGGAGGAGCCCCAGCCCCGCGACGAGGAGGAAGCGGAGCUGGAGCUGCUGAGGCAGUUUGACCUGGCCUGGCAGUACGGGCCCUGCACCGGGAUCACACGGCUGCAGCGCUGGUGUCGGGCCAAACAGAUGGGCUUGGAGCCUCCCCCAGAGGUGUGGCAGGUGCUGAAGACCCACCCCGGAGACCCCCGCUUCCAGCGCAGUCUCUGGCAUCUCUAUCCCCUAUGAGGCACCAUGUAGGACCUCCUGCCCUUAGCUCUCUUGCUCACCACCCAAGAACCUCAGGACAGAAGCGAGAGCCCAUUGCUCCUGCUCAGCUCAGUCCCGCUGCAGAGGAACCCUUGGCGGGCAGAACCUGGAGGUGUCAGAGGCUUAACUCCUCCAUCUAACCAGCAGGCUCCCAGAGCUCCCUGGAAGAGCCUACGCAGCUGAAGCAGAGUGCUUCUAGAUGGAGAGUGGUCACUGGGGAAAAGGACCUGGCCAUCACCUUCCAAUACCUGCUGCCUGUCUCCCUGACCCAUGGUGUGGCAAGUUAGGCACAGUCAGACAUGGACAGUUGAUCCAUGAGGAAAAGAUGCUCUCCCACCUAAGGCCAGGAAUCUGAGAGCAGGACUGGCUGAGCUCCCAGGGCAAGGGGUUCACUAAUGCUUAUCAAUAAAGAAUAUUGAGCCUGGAA